ACUCACGUGUUUCUGACUCACUGGGAUUAUUGGCUCAACUGUGGGUGGUCUACAAUCCGUACGCUUCUGCCAGUCCUGCUUGUGGUGCUCGUGCUGGAUUACUUAUUAACGCCACAUUUCAUUUAUUAAAUGUUGAGUAACAAUGUACAUCGAUAUGUAUUAUUAUAACCCGUCAGUACCAGGGACGUACUGGUAUCGUCCGAGUGACAUGAAUAAGAUCCCCCUCUCCUGAUUUUGUUCAGACGACAGCCAGGCCUCCCAUCUUGUUAGUGAUCUAAUAAAAUCUGUUUACAGACAACUGUUAUUGGUCAGUUUGGAGCAUCUUAUUGGGGCGUUGUCUCUAGCUGGUGGAGCAAAGGUUUCGUCUGCUGAAACAGUCAGACCUAUAUAAAGGGAUGCUGCAGAUUGCCCGGGCCAACUCGCUGUAACUGCAUUCAUGGUCUGCCUACAAAUCUACUAUGUCUCGCGUUGGAUCGACAGAUCACACGACAAUCUCCACCCGGCUGGUAGCUUGACUUCUUAAACCCCUUCACAUCAGAGAAGGAAUCCUUCCACAUUGUACUAGUUCGAUCGAGCCCAAGGACUGCUGAGUUGAUAAUACGUCCAACACUUCAAGACGUCACCCCUGCUGUUGACCCUGUUUGUACGCUGUCAUGGCAGGUUUUUGCCGUCAGCUCCAGUAUCUGCUAUACCGCAACCUGCUGCUGAAACGAAGAAACAAGAAACAGUUGUUUCAGGAGUUGCUCUUUCCUCUGCUCUUUAUUGUCCUCGUCGCCUAUGUAAAUGGAGUCUCACCAAAAGUGCGCUAUGAACCUCUUAGCUAUGAUGCCUUUGAAAGUUACCCACUGCUGGGGGCCAACGAGAGUGUGUCCUUCCUGCCAGAUGCCAGCCGGCCCUGGGCGUUUACCCCCAACACCACCCACACCCGGCAAGUCAUGCUGGCUGUCAACGCUACCUUUGGGGAUAAUGCACCUGCCAGCUUGUUGGCCUUCGACAGCAUGAGCGACAUGGUGAAGGCAUACAAGUCGGGGCAAGACUCGUUCACCAUCGGCGUCGUGUUCAGCAAUGAUUUCCCAGCCAACCUGACGGUGGUCAUUCGCAUGCCCAUUGGCAGCAUCCCCUCAACAGACCCAGGCUUACGGUUCAUUGACCAGGUAAACUGUCGGGGCCCAAACCCAACACAUCCCGGACUGAUAAAUGGAAUAUGCAGUACAAAUCGGUACUUGUUCUCGGGCUUUGCAGUCCUUCAGACUGUUCUACAAAAUGCCAUCUCUUCGGUUGUUGCUGGACAGCCCAUCAAACUUCCAGAUUUUUCUGUGCGCAUGUUACCCGUGGGUGGGGCCAUUGUGAACUCGACUGUAAUGAGGAUCAUGAUGGUGGUUUUCUUUGUCUUAAUGUAUGGUAUCUUUGUUGCCGUGCUCCUGACCAACCUUGUGUAUGAGAAAGAGAAGAAGAUCAAAGAGAUGAUGCUCAUGAUGGGGAUGUCUAACGCCGCCUUCUGGCUGUCCUGGUUCAUCAUUUAUGGAGUCAUCUUAACUGUUCUGUCAGUGCUGGUUGCCAUGCUAGUUGUCUUUGUCCUUCGGAUUCUUGGCAGUUCAAACUUUCUCCUCAUUCUCCUCAUUCUGUUCUUCUACGGAAUGUCACUGGUCAGUUUUUCCUUUAUGCUGAGUCCGUUCUUCAGCAAGUCGCUGGUUGCUGGAGUUGCAGCGACGGCGGUCACCUUGACUCUGGGCCUCAUCUACAUCCCCUUUGGAGUAUUCCCAACCAUCCCCACCAUCUACAAGUGGCUGCUAUCAUUCUUCUCUCCCCUGGGGUUUGCCCUGGCUAUUGAUCAGGCUUUCUCUCUUGAGGACUGGAAUGUUGGGCUCCAGUUUUCUAAUCUUGUUGUGGAUAGUUUCCCACCCUAUGUUGCCAUGCUUGCCUUGGACAGUGUGCUCUACCUACUGCUAGCUAUCUACUUUGAUAAUAUCAUUCCAGGAAACUACGGUCAACGUAAGCCCCCGUGGUUCUGCUUCAUGCCGUCUUACUGGUGUGGUCACCCAGUGGGGAGUUUGGUGGACAGUCUCAGCGAUCUGGAGUCACGGGAGCUUAACUGCCAAGAUGAUGUGGAGCUGGUCUCCCCAGAGAUGAGGGCAAAAGCUGCCAUAAGGAUUCGCAGUUUGUCCAAGACAUUCAAAGGUGGGAUAGGAAAAAAGAAACCGGACAUUCUUGCUGUCCGAGGAAUGAGCCUGGACAUCUACGAGGGCCAGAUCACCUGCCUCCUGGGCCACAACGGGGCCGGUAAGACUACCCUGAUCAACACCCUUACUGGCCUGAUAACGGCUGAUAGCGGCCAGGCUACCAUCUAUGGCUACAGCAUCCGGGAUCCCAUCCAGAUGCAGAAGAUCAGGUGCAUGAUGGGCGUGUGCUCCCAGGACAACACACUGUUCGAUGACUUGUCGCCGCAGGAACACCUCAAGGUGUAUGCCGGACUGAAGGGGGUUCUUUCAGAAGAAAUUGAUGCACAGGUGGAGAAGAUCUUGAAACUUACCAUGCUUGAUGAGGCAUCCUGCACCAAGUCCAAGGAUCUCAGCGGUGGUCAGAAGCGCAAACUCUGUGUUGGAAUUGCCCUCAUCGGUGACCCCAAGAUUCUGUUUCUGGAUGAGCCAAGUAGCGGCAUGGACCCGUACUCUCGCCGGCAGCUGUGGAAUCUCUUGAAGAGCCAGCGACAGGGGAGGAUCAUGGUCCUCACUACGCACUUCAUGGACGAGGCAGACAUCUUGGCAGACCGCAAAGCCAUGAUGUCACAGGGACGUCUCCGUUGCUAUGGCUCCUCCCUCUUCCUGAAAAAUCGUUUUGGCAUAGGAUAUCAUCUUGGCAUGGUCGUAAAGAAGAGCACUCAAGUUGACCAAAUCACUGAGUUGAUGAAAACUCAUGUCCCUCAUUGUGAAGUCUCCCGUAGUCAUGGAAUGGAACUGGCCUAUACCCUACCGCUGCAAGACUCAAACAAGUUUCCAGCUCUCUUCCAAGCCUUGGAGGCAACAAGCGGGAUGCAAGGCAGCACGGUCGCCAAGCAACUAGGCAUCAAGUCUUACGGGGUCUCCAUGACAUCCCUGGAGGAGGUCUUCUUGAACAUCAGUGAGGAGAGUGAGGAUAACGAGCCAUUUGAGGAAACUAAUCCCGUCCAGACUUCAGAUAUCUCGCCAAUCAACACGGGAGCUGCCAAGACCUACAGGGCCAUUGAUGACCAGGCCAUGUCGCUAAGUGUGGAGCAUUGCAUCACCCAACCCCUGCAGCCCAGUGGGUACCAGGUCCGGGCACUUUGCAAGCUGGAGUUUCUUCAGAUGCUGCGCAACCCUGGCACUUACAUCUUUCGUCUCCUGUUUCCGAUUGUCCUCCUGGUUGUCUUGGCCGUCGUGAUCGCUAGAGUGAACGUAGGCAGAACUGACAGUGACUUACCCUCAUUGACCCUCGACCCCAAGCUGUACCUGGAGACAUCGACGCCGUCAACUCUGCCAGGCCUGACCCCACUGCUGUACCAGGACAACUUGACCAGUGGGCAGGAUAUCAAAUUACUCGUGAAGGAGUUUGACCGUGUAGGGCUGACCACUGAUGCCAUAGCUAACAUGAGUAAAGUGUGGUCUGAAGCUCCACACAGCUUGGCCACUGUGGCUACAGACUUGGGCACAAUGAGCAAUGCGCCAGAGUUCCUGGCUCUCUACAACAGCACUGCCCAGCACUCCAUCCCAGUCAUCCUGGGCCUCCUGAGCAAUGCCCUUGCCCAUCUGCAGGCCCCCAGCAAGAACUUUCCAGACGUGGUAGUGGCCAGCCAGCCUUUUGCCCGUGAGGUCAAAGGGCCAACCAUCACCAACAUUGGCAUUGACAUCCUCGGGGUCUUUCUCUUUGGUCUUGCUGUCAGCCUGCUUCCCGUGGGGUUUAUCUCCCAAGUUGUAAAAGAGCGACAGGAAAAGAUACGCACCCAGCUGCGCGUGUCGGGUAUCAAGGCGACCCAUUACUGGGCCUCCCAUCUCCUCAUCGACGGGGCUCAGCAGUACCUGAUCGCCGUUGUGGGUAUCGUCAUCUGCAUGGCUGCAGGUUUGUCCAUAGGUGGCUCUUCUCUGUCGACCACGGGGAGCAUUUUCAUUCUGGUCAUCUUCACAGUCAUCUAUGUCCCAUUGGAUGUCCUCUUUGCCUACUGUGUCAGCUUCCUCUUCAAGGUGUACAAGACAAGCCAGUCAGUUGCUCAGAUUUUUUACAUCUAUUUUCCUAUCCUGUUGGUGGUAGUCAUCAUAGUGCUGUCUGUCACCGAAUCCAAAACUACUGCUGUGGUUUUACAUUACUUAUUUUGCGUCGUGUAUCCUCCAUAUGCCAUCUUUGGGGAGUUGCACUACAUCAAUCAGGUCUAUUUCAAGGCAUCGUUCAGUGGAACUUUGGACCAGCCAAGCUUUAAUGAUUAUAUCAACUUGGACAACGUUGUGUUGCCCACCAUAAUCUGUAUCCUAGCUGACCUUGUAGUAGUGACCUUUCUACUGUAUAUGCUGGAGAUCUACUCCACGGGAGGUAAUCUGUUGGAAGCAUGGGGCUACAGGAAGAAGGCAUCCGGGGGUCUGAACAGUGAUAUUAGCGAUAACGAGGACAGUGAUGUCAAAGAGGAAAGGGAAAAGGUUCAGGCCAUCUUUGACCGAGGCCAUUACUCUGAGAAAUGCGUUGUCGCAGCUGCUGGUAUUCGCAAAGAGUACGAAAUGUCCAAGGGCUGCUGUUGCAAGACGUACACCAGCAAGUUGGCUGUCCGCAACCUGUCCCUGAGCGUGAACGAAGGGGAGGUGUUUGGCCUCCUGGGACCCAACGGAGCCGGUAAAACCACGUCCAUGAACGUCAUCACAGCGGAUACCGGCGCUACCAAGGGACAGAUCCAGAUCGUUGGCCAUGACAUCAUAUCAUCCCUUAGUGAAGCCUUCCGCCUCAUGGGUUAUUGUCCCCAGCAUGAUCCACUGUACUCCAAUGUGACCAUGCAGGAACACCUUGAGGCCUAUGGCUUGAUCAAAGGCAUUCAUCCCAAAGACGUCAAAACCGUAGCCGAACAUUUCAUGGAUGCCCUGAGGAUCACCCAGCAUGCGAACAAGAAGCCUCCUGAGCUGUCAGGGGGCACCAAGAGAAAGCUGUGUUUUGCCAUCAGCAUGCUGGGGAAGCCCAAAAUUGUGUUCCUGGAUGAGCCGUCAACUGGAAUGGAUCCAGCCUCCAAACGUUUUGUCUGGAACACCAUCCUUGCCAGUUUCCGCAGUGAACGAGGCGCUGUCUUGACGACACAUUACAUGGAGGAAGCCGAUGCUGUUUGCUCUAGGGUGGGCAUCAUGGUCUCUGGAAGAUUGAUGUGCCUGGGUACGACCCAACACCUGAAGAGCAAGUACGGUGGGGGCUACUUGCUGGAGGCCAAACUCAACCCAGGCCAGGCUUACUACUCCAUGGACCAUGCCACGGAUGAGGCAGAUCGCCUCCUGGAACGGCUGGGGACAGCACUGCAUGACAAGAUCCAAGAGGUCUUCCCCUCCGCUGAACUGCUGGAGAGUUUCGGGGAGCGGGUGACUUACAAAAUCCCAAGUCAAGACGUUCAGUCGCUGGCGACAGUCUUCGCUGCUUUGGAGGAAGGAAAAGAGACACUUCAAAUUGAGGAAUACAGCUUCAGCCAGGCCACUCUGGAACAGGUCUUCCUGGAGUUUGCCAAGAUGCAACGAGACGACGAGGAGAGUCAAUCGGAGCAGCGGCAUCAAGUGUCAUGGAGAGCCAGACAACAGGACACCGUCGUAGUGGCAUGAAGAGGACACUUCACUGGGGUUGUGGAAGGCCAAAUGUGUCUCACUGUUGUCAAACUACUCCCGAGAGGGUGUCGGCGAAGGAGUAAAAGUCAAAACACUUCAUUUUCAAACAAGGGAAAACAUAGCAAGUUCUUCGUGGGAUUAGAAAACUCCCUUGACGAUUGAUAACAAGAUACAUCUAAGCUAUUUUCUUUCGCAAUAGAAAGCUGUAUUAUUGCAAAAAUUCUGGAGACUGGACACGUAUACACAUGUAUAAAUUGAUUAAACUUUAUUCUUUCAGUUGCUUGCAGUCACUGUAAUGCCGAAGAAAAAUGUUAUCCCAGCAGUGUGAAAUACAGAAUGCUUGGAAAUUAUAUAAGCCUCUUUGUAGUCCAUGAUUAUUUUUUCAGUACCGUGCACAAAUUUUAGGACGUUUAGGAAAUAAAUAGCUGGAACAGGUUUGUCCGCAAUGUCGUGCGCUAUAUGAUAUCAACUAUGCGCAUGUGUUUUGUGUCGACAAUUGUGUGCACUUCGCUGAAUUAAAAAAAAUGAACAACUGACAGUCAUUGCCAUUAAUUAAAUGCAUCGUUAGAGAUAGCCUUCUUUCGUAUCGUAACUAGGAUGCUGUUCAAUCAUUUCGUCAGUUUGUUUUGGAUAACUGCCAAUGAUGGACUGUACAUUCGAGAGUGACAAAAAUUCCUUUGAUGUCCAUGGAGGAUGCUAAAAUCUCAAUAUAUUAAUUUUGUCCGAUUUAAAUUAGAAUUCCAAUUUGUUAAACUGAUUUUUAAAUUUGAUUUAAGGUUACCAGACGUACGUGUAUUUAGAUGCCUUUUAUCACUCUGUGAAUGUUUUAUGUAUGGUUUUAUGUGUAGUGUUUUAAUGUGUAUGUUUUCAUUAAAGAACAUAGACUGUUUUUGCCACAGACAAAAAAAAUUGGAGUUGAAAGUGUUCAAAUUGAAUUUUCGUAGAGCACAGUGGUUAAGUGGUCCAACUCAAGGUGUUGCACUUGUGUCACGCAUUAGGGUGCGACCCAAAGAAAAAUUAAACGUGCUGACAGUCCCCCAGGCUCUCGAGACACUUUUCAAACGAGUUCUACUUGUGAGGAUAGAGAACAGAAUGCGUGUUUAUGGGGAGCCAUUAUUUGCAUUAAACUUAUCUCAUAUCCCAGUGAAUAAUAACUGUCUUGCACCUUGAGACAUUUGUAUUUUCUGCUGUGAAUUAAUGUAAAAAAUGGUUUUAGAUGUUGGUAGAUAUUGUACAGUAGCGGCAGAUUCAAGCAAAGCAGUGGCAGGGGUCGUCAUUCUAUUUCGUUAUGAAAUAAAAUUAAGCAUUCAUCAAAUUUUGAUGGUAUUGUGUAUUUCAACAUGUUGCAUGCUUGAAUGUUACUUCAAUACAGCAUGAAUGCACAACAUGCAGUUUAAUCGAUCGCUAAGUUUUCUGAAAUUGUGUUUCACCUACAUGUAUUUGCUUCGGGAAGUAUUGAAAUAAAACCGCAGCCCACUUGUUCUGCGAAAACAA